AGAAUAACGAAAAUAAGCGGCGCGCGGCAUGUGUGAUGAGUGGCGCUAGGAAACACAACCACGCGAGAGUAGAGACAGUCAAAACAACGCUAGUCGUAGAAAAUUCUGCUAAGAAUUGAAUACUAUCGAAUGGAUUUCAAAGCUCAUGACGCUCUUGGGAGAUUUCAUGUACCUCCCGGCAGUGAUUCGCUCGAAGAGACGCGAAACACCUAAAGAAAUUUCGUUCAUCUUAAGGGGGUAAGUGUUGUUAAGCAUUAUUUAUAGUUAUUUCAAACCAAAAUGUGCUUCGAUAAAGGUCCCGAAAGAUCGCUCAAAAUACUACGAAAGGAAAUUGUAAUUACAGAAGGUGACACUUACGGUCGUCAACCUAAAAUCGUACUCGAAAUUUUCAGUAUUUAAAUCGAACGGAAAUAGUAUAUUGAAUUAGGAAGCGUUGGAGAAACUUCUAGAGUGUUCCGCUUCGAAAGUGUGAGAUUUCAAAACCAGGUUGAGAUCUGGAUAUUUUUUCACUCCGUCCGACAACACUUGUAAUUUUUCUUUCAAAGUUUGUAUAAUGAACGAAUAUCUUUGUGAUGCCUGUUUCGCCAAAUGAUAACUAACAAUCAGGAAAUGCUAACAUCAAAACAGACAGGCUUGACAUAUAAAAUCAAUAUACCGUUCGAAGACCGUGCAUUUAUUAUCUCCUUUGCCUCACACGUUUGAGAGGAGAGGUGGGAUAUCAUUCUCUUCCGUUGAGAGUGAUUUCGCGUGAUUUAUGUUGCUUAGCAAAGAUCUCUAUAAGAGAGGCUCCCGGCAUGUUUUCGUAAGUGCACUUAUGAUCCAACAUAAAAAGCCUUAGAUGAAAAUUGGCCCUAUUUUUUUAUUCGCCUUGCUCUGGUGAUCACAUUGUAUAAUAUAAGUUACGAUAGCUGUGUUUGCUUUUUUGGCCUAUUCUGUCGUGUACUGUUUAUUUUCUAUUGGAUAUUUAUGAACAUUGAGCGUUAGUUAGUUGUAUGUCUCAAAUCAGUUCUUCGCUUAACUGUCAGUUUAGCGCCGCCUAGAGUCAAAUAAUGGAGGAAAAAGUAAGGCCAUUUCGAUUUUCAAUUUACGGUGUUAACGCUCGCAUGCUGUUGGCUCCUUUUUAAGAAUAAUGUGUCGAUUGAGUAAAAUAACUUGGCAUAUGGCUUUUCAACAACACAGUGACAUAAAGUCAAACAGAUGCAAAGAUAGGAAAUGAAAUCGUGGCCAGAGUUUGCCUGUAAAAUAGACUUAAUAUGACAGAAUAUUAUAAGACUUACUUUCGCUUUAUAAUCUCGAGUUUUUGCAAUUAAAUUCUAUUCAGUUGAUGCAUAUAUUAGAAUUCAACUUUCCCGUUAAUAGUUUUUGCAUGUCAUUAUUCUUAGCGGUGGGCAAAUACAACGACGAGAAUUUUUUCCUUUAGAUCUCAGGGGCAGUAUAUUUCCCCUGUUAUCUGCUUCAAUUACUGAAGCAAAAGAUCACCUCAAUAUAGAAUCGAGAAAAUAUGAAUGAAGGCGUCAGUCUAUGAUUCUAGGAUCGAAAGUAAACCUUUUAGAAAUAAAAUACAAAUAUGGUCAAAUCUUUGACGAAAUUAUUAGAAAUUCAUUGAAAUUAUUUGGAACUCUCACGUUGGGAUAACUCCUAAACCGAGCCAAAAAAAAAAGAAAAAUUACUUCAUUUCGGUCGGAAGCCAGAGUGAAAAUUUAAAUUGAAGAGUAUCUAGAUGACAUGGCAUUCGCUUUUCCACCAAUUAUAUGGAGCAAUUACCGGAGAUAUCUUGUAAAGUGCCCAGGGUACACAAUAUUAAUUAAAAAAAACUCGGUUGGAUAUUGAAAAUUUAAGCAAGAAUUAUCUAAGGUUUAGAUAUUUAACAUGUGGUUCCACAAAGUCGCAAAAGUAAUGCGAUAAAAAACUGAUCAUCGCGUGCGAUUUCAUUUAUAAAAAAGCUAAUUUCCCAUUAUUCUGUUUCCUCAGCUUGACCCAUUCUUUGAAUCUUAGGCAAUCUAUCAAUGCGUCAGUUCGAAAAGAGAACUGCCUUUGUUUCUGUAAUAAAUUAUUAACGAUUUUCAAACAAGUUUGUUGCGGUCGUUGCUAUACGACUCGCGUAACAAGUUAACAGUCUAAUGUUACCAUGGCUACACCAACUUGUUUUUCUGUAUUCAGCGGAGCCUAUAACGAUACUUAGUGUUAUAAAUCGUGCCGCAAAUGUAUACUAACUCUAAAUUCGAACAGGACAAUUUUUAUGACGACUUCUGCACGCUUUGAACCGGUCGAUAAAGAUUUCCCCACUUAGGUUUUUCUUAAAAUGUAUAGACUUAAUUUUUAAUUUGUUUCAAGCUAUAAAUCGAGCGUUGUAAACUUUAAUUUAAAACAGAACCGCAUUCUAGAGAACACUUGUGAGAUACUGUAUACGAACCGAGCAUUCUGUCGAGUUCGGCAGCGAAUGUUAGGUUCUGAUAAAGUUGACCGAGAAUGCGAUCUUAAAUUAGAUGGGAUUCAGAUCUUUUCGAUAUAUUCGUAUAUUAUUUUUCAUGAUUUUUUAAACUGCUGUAAUAUGUUUUCAACAUCAGCCUUUAUUCAACGACUAAGGUCACUGUUAAAAGUUUCUGAAGCUGACCCCCGGCGUUUUGAGCGUUAGCCCUUCGUAGGAGCGAAUGACUGUGACACCACAGUUGUUUAGAAACUGACCCCCUCAUUCAUUUGUCGUAUCGAGAUAGACGAUCUCACCUCAAGUAAUUUAGUGUUAACAACUGAGUUAAAAACGUAAAUUAGCCACCGUAAAGGGUAAAAAAGCUGACGUUUCGAGCGUUAGCCUUUCAUCAGACGAAAGGGCCAACGCUCGAAACGUCAGCUUUUUUACCCUUUGCGGUGACUAAUUUACGUUUUCAACUCAGUUGUUAACACUAAAUUACCUGUUAUACUCUCCCACCGACACAGCACCACAGUUUCUUUAGAAACUUACCCCUUUAUUCAGAUCUCACCUCAACUUGUGAUUUAAGAAAACAAUGGGCUGUUUCGGCUUUUCUUUCAUUCCUUUUAAUGUAUGUUUAUUUCGUCUGGAAGCUUUGGAAACUGAUGAGUUUCAUCUGUUUAAUCAAUUUUGGAAAGUCAGAUGUCUGAGCUUACCCCUCUGAUGUUUAUAAUGAAACUAACAGUCUUUCCAUUGAAUUACACAGUUGAAAUUUCAAGUUAGUUCUGACUCGGCAACUUCUUUGAUCUUGGUUUAUUUUUGUUCAUUAUCAUUUGUUUUGCACUCCUGGACUGCUGAUGGGUAUUGCGUGACAAUUGUUUACGCAGCAAUUUAAAACGAUUGCUUUUGACUCUCGCUUUUACACAUUUUUAAAAUUUUUAAGCUUAAAAUUACCUUUUUCCACCUUAUAUUCCGCUAAUUGGUAUCGGGAAUUCUCAAUUUUAAGGCACUUUGUUGAUCACUCUGUGUAAGCUCAAUAAGGAAAUCGGCAGGGGGAGACCUGGGUAGAGGUGCGCUUUGUAACCACUCGACCACUUAACCCGCGCAUAGUCUACUGGGAAAUUUGUAACUGGGCUUAAUUUUGUUGUUUUGGGAACUUUUGUAAGAGUCAAUAUCGGAAAUUGAGUCAAGAUUUUCAGUGUUAAGCGUGAUCUGAGCGAUUGACUUCACGUCGGAAGUUCUAAGGGCCUACAUGAAAAUAGAUAAAGAUUAAAAAAAGCAAUGAAAGUGUGGAUCUGGACGAGAUGAGGGACACAAUCUCGUUGCAAGCUUUGUUGUCAUGGACGUGCUGUGUUCUGCAGCUCCGAACGGAGUGGAAUUUUGCAUUUCUCGCACAAUGCAGAAAUGACGAAUAGGACCCAUCCUCUUGAGAUGUGAGUUUAAUUAUUACGAUAUGAGUAUCUGUGAAGUCAAACCAUGACUAAAUCUACAGCGCUCAAUGAAAAUUGCUUUAAUCGUCGAACACGAAAUGAUGGAGCUGGGUGAAAAUUUGCCGUGAUUUUGGCGACCAAUUGCUCAACGAUUAUCUAUUAAUUGCCUAUCAAUUAGCAGACAAACAAAUUCGCCGACUAAAUCAUCUUUUUGACCCUUAGUUCUCCGGCUACUACACACUUUUUGUGUACUAGUACACAAAACAUUUUUUUAAGACAAGCAUGCAAAUGAAUAUAUGCGCGUUUUAAGUGCUAUAUUUAUUAUAGGUCUUAGUGCAUGUAGAUUAAGAAGUACGGAAAUAUUUAAGGAUUUGUUAUUUCAUACUGAGCGUCUUGAAAAGCAGAGAUUAAUCAAAGAUUUCAAUAUUCGUAAAACAAAGUUUACAAGCUUUCUCCUCUGGAUUAAAUGUCCAUUAUACUGUCCUGCUCAAAUGGGGUUUACACGUAUGUUUGUUGGUAUACUGAAAUGGUAUAAUUUUACGUGCAGUACUGCUGUGCUUUGUGUUACUGUAGACUCUAGUAGACUUGAUUUUUAUUUUGAAAUGACAUUUUCAGAUUCCAGGAUUAAUAUUAGGGCCAUUCCAUAAUUUAGAACUGCUUAAAUGGUGAAAUUUAAAAUAUUUCAUAUCUAGCCCAAUGAUGGAUUUUUGGAGUGAGGAGACUAAAUUAUUUUAAAGAUAGUAAUCUGAAAGUUGAGUUUGUGGGAAAUGACAAAGAGAGGCUGAUUAUUUUUGUACAAUGAAAAGUGUGUGGAAAUAGCUGGCAUGCUGUAAAAUGAUUUUAGUGAGACAUUUUUAUUCGCAAAAUCUCACCAAGGGAACAAAACUAAUUGAACUCAACACAAAGGUAAACUUGCUGAUAAGAUUUUUUCCAAAAUGGAUUUACUUUGUAAAUAAGAGCAAGUAACAAUUUUGUUACAGACACUAUAUAAUGUCUGUAACAAUAACAUUUUUUUUCUUUGUUUUCUCUGAAAAUAAAACCCUUUUUUCUUGUAAGCCUGGCACCUUUUUCAGUUAUUAGGGGCCCAAACCUAAGUGCUGUGAAUUAUCAAAAUCCUGGAAAUACGCCAGAAAAAAUAAAGCCUACUUUGUCUUACAGACAUUACAUUGCAGAUAUAACAUUACGAAAAUUACAUUAUGGACGUUAUGACUAAAUGAAUUUUAUUCUUGUAAUUCUUUUGGAAGGAAUAAAUGCUUCAUGCAAACCAAUUUUGUUCAAAUUUAUCACAUCCAAGUUUACAGUGCUUUUAAUUAAACACUUAUAAUGAUAACCAUAACAACAACUGUACAUUAACAGUUGCAACACCAUGGUGACAUGAGGAGUACACAUUUUCAAAAAGUUUAUGUCCAUUUGUGAAACAAGCUUACUGAAAGACAUAUCAUGUUAAUAGUCAGUACCUUCUUUUAAAAUAUCUGAAGAUUAUAAAUUAAAAAUGUUUCAAAAAUGUAGUUUAAAACAAACAAUACUUCAACUUUCAAAGGUCAUUGCAGUGAUAAUGACUGUCCUCAUACUACGGAGGAAAUUGCCAAUUCAUACUGUUCUGUGCAGUGUAACUUUCCAAAAUAGUGUCAACUAGCUUAUUAAGAUUCAAUGAAUAGUACUCUGACAAGGAGUUCAUUACAAUCCAAGUUCAGAAAUUAAAGCAAUGUUUAAGUACUGCAAUCUACAGUUAGUUUGACUAUUUAUUUGAAAACAUUUUCUUUUUGAAAAUAGUUAAACAGCCUCUCAAUAUAUGAAAGACUUGGAACAUUGAAAGGUCUAAUGUCUUUAGCUCUAUAGAGCCAUAGAAGACUUUUCUUGUGGACAAUAUAAAAUAAAACUUGGUCUCAUACUAGAAAUCUAAUCUGCACUGUAUCUCAGAAAGCAAGAAACAAACAACAGCAGAAAUACUAGUUAGAGCUUGCUCAAUAAAAUUGAAUGGUGAGAAGCACACUCUAUAGGGGAUACUCUGCAGACCACAAUCACAUGUACACACAAACUGUAGUAUUAAUGUUAUGGUUAUCAGCACAACCAGAAAAGAGGAUUAACUUGUAAUUAAGCCUGAUUAAGAAUACCUUUAUCAGUUCUGACAAAAUUAAUUAUCAGAAGUUGAUAAAUAAACAAAAACAUUACCUUGUUCUUACUGGUGUAAAAAAAAGUUUUCCAGUGUAAUGUCUGCAACAAAAAUUGUGUAAUGUCCGUAACAGCAAGUUUUUACCUCAAGCUCAAAAUCUAACCACAGAAUAAGGGAUACGACUAGAUUUUAAAGAGCUAUGAACCAGCUUUGUUCUUACUAUUAUUAAAUGAUUUUUGUCUGAAAAGUCAAUUCACUGGAAAAUAGGUGUCAAGUGAAUAUGUUAAUUAAAUUGAAGCUCUAUUUCUUUCCCAGCACCAAAAAUUUAAGAUAAAAUUUAUUGUUUAAUGGUUCUGAAUUGGUAAGAUAAUUUAGAAAAAAGUGAAUCCAAUUGUAGACUUGAAGACAAAGAGAACUUCAGAUAAUUUUUGUGGCCAACUGUUUAGCCCAGAUUGAAACAUGGUGGUUUUGGAAAAAGAGCUUCAAAGUGCUUUUACUGUGGUUUGAUUUUCAUCUUCCUUUACAUUGCUGUAAAAUAUAUAGAUUUAGCCAAGCCUAAAAGCGGAGCUCGCAUUUUUUUUUCCCACAUGUCUCAAGGACACAACGCCAUAUCCUAGCCAGGACUAGAACCUGGGUCGUCCAACUCGGAGCCAAGUGCACUGACCACCAGACUACUGAACAAAGCCGUGGCAUUGGCGUGCCCACGGUACAUUUGACCUCGCAUGUUAAGAGUAGCACCUUGUAUGGUCAUACAGUUGUAUGGUCGUACAGUUGUACAGUCAUACAGUCAUAUAUCCAAAUUUUUUUGGCUUGAUGGGUUACUACUAUUUUGUAUAAUUAUGGGGCUACGCUCUGCGUGCUCUGCUAUUACCACAAUACCUUUUUAUGCUAUAUUGUUGUGCUUGUAACAGCUGACUUAAUAUAAUUAUACUUCCUUUACUGACCUUCAUGUAUGUGAUUCAUAACAUACCUUUCUUAAAUUUUCUUCUAUAUUCAACAUAUUCUUUAUUUUUAUCUCUAUUGCUAGCCGUGGAUUUUCUCACAGUAGUGUGGAUGCUCUCCAUCCUCUCCCUGAGAGACCAGAGGAAUCCUUGCCUUUGUCCUAUUUUGAGAGAAUUCACAGCAGCAACUUCACUAACAUCACCCCUGACACCAGUGGUCAAUCAUCACCCACUACUGACAAUACUCCAAGUAUUGGUAAUGGACUUUUUGAGUCAAACACAUGGUCGACAAAUACAGGGAUACUUACUGGAAGAAGCAGUGUAUACUCUUGGGGAAAUGAGGAUGUGAGUUUGUAAUUUACAACUUGUAUCGUAGCUAAUGCGUUUAUUUUGUACUGUAUAAAAGCCAGGUCUUUCACAGUUCCUGGAAAAGUGUUUGAGUAAUAUUUGUUCUGAGACUUUUGAGAACCAAACAUGUAUAUUGUGUAUUACUUUAUCAUCAAGGAGUUCGAUAGACAGGCUUCAGCAACAGUGAAACGGAUGUUUGAUGAAAUUGAUGGAAUGCUGUUUGAAGGAAUGCAUUUCAAUGGUUAGUGACAAUUUUAAUUGAUACAUGACAUGAAUAAGAAUAAUCAAGAAUACUGUUUUUAAUUACAGAUGAGUAUAUAUCAUUGAUACACAUCUAUAUUCAUUAACUUUUUUCCCACUUAAUAAUAAUAAUAAUAAUAAUAAACUUUAUUUACGUGUCAAAUGAGAUAGCAGUUUCCCACUAAGUAAGGACACCUAAACUAAACUAAUCUAAUCUAUAUAAAACUAUGCAUUAAAAAUUUAUUGGAAAUGAUAAAAGAGCUCUUCCCAUAUAAAACCACCCUACCCCGAAAUAGUAGACCCCAUGUUUAUAACACCCUACCCUGUAUAAUAAGAUAAUAACCUUAAUAUAAUGAGAUAAUAAGAUAAUAAUAAUUACAAUAAUAUGAUCUUGAUAAUAUUUAAAAUAUUUAAGAUUUACAUAAAAUACAGUUCUUGCAAUUAUUCGAAGAGAUUAAACUUUGUAUAUCUACUUUAUGUAAAGCGUUUUUAAAUUCUUGCAGCGUUCUUAGUGCUCUUAUUUUUCCAUCUAACUUAGACCAGAUUACUGGACCUAAGUACCUAAGAGAGUGCUUACCAUAGCGCGUAGUACUAACUCUAGGGAUAAUGAAAUCAUUGUUUCUUAAAUCAUAUUUGUUGUUAUUAAUAACAAACAGGUUCCUGAUAUUAUUAGGGCACAGAUCAUUUUUAACUUUAAACAUUAACACAGCUAUGUCAUGUAAUCGCCUAUUACGUAAGGUUUUUAAAUUUGAGAUAAGACAGUUAAUUUCCAUUAUAAAUGUUACCCUUUUUCAUUGCCAUAUGCACAGAUGAUUUUCAGUUGCUACUAAAAUGACAAGAGUAUUCAAAUGGCUAAUAAGAAGAUCAAACUUAACAAACUUAUUUGUUUGACUUGUGUCAAGGGCAGGUUAAGUUUAAAUGUUGUUCGAAGAAAACUCCCCUCUGCUAUGCAUCAGUAUGUAUUCUGUGCAUGUCUCAAUCAGAAUGCACUGAGGGAACUUAUGAAGCAUGCAGGAAAAUUGAAUCUGAUCACCCAAAGGUACCAGCUCUGUUAUUAAUAAUCUUUGAUGAUUUGUUCAUGACAGGAAGCCCUCAACUGUUGUCUGAAUGUGAAGAAUGGUUCAAGCGAUUUCCACAUCUGCGGUAUGUAUUUUGUUCAUAAUUGAUUGUUAAUAUGCUUCCAUGUUUCAUUUUCCCAGUUAAUAAGGGAGGGGAAAUGUAUGCGUUCGUGUAAUUAGCCUUUUAUUUUAUUUUAAUUAUUAUCAGCAAGUUAAGUUUGAAAUGUUUCCUGAAACAAUGAUUAAAUUGGCAGUUUACAUGACAACAAAGGAUAACAAAAAAUAUAGUAAAAAAUACAACAAAAUGCACUGAAUUUUCAUUAGUAAAUCCCAUCACUAGAAAAUGACUUUCUCUGCUGAUGAUCAAUAAUUUGUAUGAACUUGUAUACAAUUUUGUCAGCCUCAUUGAAUUAUUGGUUUAAUUAGACCCCUGUAUGUAGAUCAGUAAACCUGUGAGCUUUUCCACUAACUAUCAAUUUCUUUUACAUGUAAAAUAUUCCUUAAAGUACAUGUAUUAUGACUUUUAUACAAUUUGUGAAAUUUUCAUUAAGUACCCCUAUGAUGAAAGAAUAAUGCUCAUACUCUCAAGCUUUUGCAAAAAUGCACCAAGCUAAUUCAUUGCGCUUUGUUCUUAAAAAUAAGUGUUACGGCUGCAGUAGAUGACAAUGACAGUGAUAUCUUUUGUCUGCCAUCACCAUAUUACUUUGUGUUGAGUUGGAAGACGUGGGCAAAGAUUAAUGCAACAUUAAAUUACAUUUAUCAACAUGUGAAUCCAGCUAGUUAAGAAUGCAGCACAGGAUUUUUAUACUAGUAGGUGUUAUUUGUUAUCUGCUCACCGCAUUCACCCAGUUUAUGUGUAAGAGAGAAAAAGUCACGAGUCUCUGAGAUCACUUUCCAGCUAUCUCAAUGCAACUUGACUACAUCAUUACCUGGUAAAGGCAGAUUGUUAAAAAGAUAAAUCAUUACACUAAGAAUCAGCCUUAUUUUUGCACCUCAGGUUAAAAAAGGAAAAAAUGAAAUAAAACAUGCAUGUUAACUUGUAAAUGAAAUCACAUUCACGUGAGAACAAGAACAACCAUUUUAUUGAUGUAGGUAGGCUUUGAGCCAGUUGAAUAUCUUGGAUGUCUUGUACCUUUCUCAAGCUAUAACAUGCUAUAGUCAAUGAGUAGUUUUCUUUGCUUCUUACAUAGUGUGACACUUUAUUUGAGGGGUCUCCUUCAUUUCCCUGCAGAAUCUGUGGUUAUCAAUUGCUCAAUCCCAAGGACGAUGGUACUCAAUUGAUUCCAUUUCCAGCUGGGGAGCCAAGGAUAGACAACCAGCGACCACAGACAUCUUUUCUUGAAGAUGUGGAGGAAUUUGGUGCUUUUGAUUCACAAGGGUAACUUUGAUUUGACAUAUAUACACAUAGUUCACCACAAACUAGAAAAGAGGUGUUUGGUUCCAUGGCAUAAAAUGAACAGCUCUGUUCCUUUUAAGGAGGUCUGCCUGUACUGGGUGGGUGAAUAACAUGUAUUUUUGUUAUUCGUAUAUAUGGGUUCAGUCUUAUCUGAGUCUUCUUUAAUUAGAAAGUAAUUUAAAAAUAGAUCAUUAUCCUUUUGCUUCUAGUUUAUGCAUUCAAGGAUUUCAUCUUGAUCCAUUGCCAGAGCCUUCAGAGUCUUACAUGAAUGGUGAGAACAAUUGUAUUUCAACAAUUUGUUGUACUCUAUUAAGUAACUCUAAUAGAUUGCAAAAAUAUUAGAAAUGAUGGGCACAGUAAACAUGUGUACUUGUGGAAGUCCAGUAGGGCAAAUUAUAUGUACAUGACACAUAAUAAUUAUUUUAUAGAAUGAUGUAGCAAAAGCAGAUUUACCUGUAUUAUAGGGUACAUUUUACAAUUAUACAAAAAUUUUGUAUACAAUGUACAGUAGAAAAUUGUAAAAUUACCCUAUAAUACAGGUAUUAAUGUGGUAAUGUAAUGUAUUUGGUGUAGCACUGUUAUAUUUUUAGAUUUACCUCAAUUAUAACCUUUUAAGAUGCUCUGCAUGUAUAUGUAUUUGUUGCUUCUAAGGGACAGAAUUAGUGGUUGUUAAUUACAAUGUAAAUUGCUGUUUGUUACUUUGAGCAGACUGGAUGCACUUUUGGAUUACUUUUAGAUUUUGUAAUUUGUGUUACAUGCAGAGAUUUUUUGCAAUUGGUGACCAGUAGUAUAUAAUGGCAGCAGGUUGUACAUGUGAUAUCUGAAGUCCUCUCAACCAUGUACAUGUACUGUUAUUUUAAACUUGUAGUUGUCUGUUAGGCUCAAUGUCAUUAAGAUCAAGAUAUUUCUACCAAAUGAUUGUCUUUUCCUUUUGUCUGGUAUUCAUUAGAAUCUUAAUCUGAGAAAUUAAGAUUAUAAAGAAAUUGAAGCGAACAAACAUAGACAGAUAAAGGCCCACAAACUCUGCAGGCUGUAUGCAUUUUUAAAUAUUGACAGUAAUGUACAUUGUAAUAUAUACAACAGUUGGUAUAAUUCUCCAAAAACAUGAUUCUUUUAUCCAUUACAUGGAAAGUUCACCUAACCAAGUAUACAUCCACAUAAUGUAUACAUUGUGCAUGCUCAGCAUACCAUAUAACACCAAGGUGAUGUGAUACAUUAUGCCUCUGGUUAUUCUUACAGCUGAUGAAAUGAAUGGCUUCUAUUCAGAGUUUGAAGAAGAGAUCUUGGCAGAAGAUGGUGAAGUAGAAGAAUAUUUUGGUUAUGACCAACCUGCUAUGUAAGUUUCAACAUGGUUAUUGACAAUAAUUAUAAUUGGCAAAGCUUGCAAGUCAUGUACAUGCUGACAUUAUAUUUCCUGUCAUCAAAAGCAAACAAAUGUUAUGAUGCACAAUACUUGAAAGGGUAAACUCUGUUUUUUUGCUGCGCCAAAUGAAACUAUUACAACUAUAGGAGUGAUGAUAUACAGUAAAAUAUUUGAUGCAUGGUAGACAAAUUACUAUAAAGUAAAGAUUUACCCUAAAUAAUUAUACAUUUUAUACUUUUCUUACUCUUUGUUUUUUUUGUUUCAUUUUUAACAGUAGUCUGAAACUUAUUGGUUAUUUUAAUUAUAUGUACUUAUUUUGCACUGUAGAGAGGAAGAGGGAACAGAAGCCAGAACUGGUAUGAGGUAUCGCCGUCAGCAGCGACGAGGUUACCCCCCUGUGACCCCCAAUGCUUGUGCUAAGGAUACUGUUGUCAGCCAGAUGUUUGACCAAGUUUGGGGAGAGGUAAGCUGACAUUCCCCAUCAUGAUUUAGAGUCAAAUCAGAACACUUGAACACAUUUUGUACGUAUAAGAUCUGUAUAUUUCUUGGAAGUAACCCAAUAAAUAUUUUGGCAUCUUCAUGAGAAUUGAAAUGCAGUAGUUGCAGGUUUUUAAAAGCAAGGUUGGAUAAUUUAAAAGCUCAUUAAAAAUGAAAGCUUAGUACAAAUUAUUACCAGCCAUGAUUCAAACAUCCUGGAACAUCCUGGCCCUUCACUUUCCUUAAGUUUUAUUGUCAUGUACACCGCAAUUCUUAUUUUUUUGAAUUCAGGUAAUGUUCUUUUGAAACUCACAUGUUCUUCAGCAGAAGACUGCCCUCAAUAAUUAAUCACAGUUUUUUAUUGAAUUGUAUCAAUGUUGAUUUCAUUACUGUUUUAGGUGGUUUUAUGGCUGAGAAGUUUGUUAAGUCUCUACUCACAAAAAGUGCUAAGAGGUAUGGUAUAUUAAGUGUUAAAUAAUUUAGUUUGUUUUAUUCACCUAUAACACCUCUGCUUGGUAGUGUAUCAUUGUAAGUUUUUGUUUUAUAAGACUUGUGAAACUGUUUUUAAAUUUUAGCUGUUUAGCUUUAAGCAAAUGUUAACAACAAAUCUAAAUUACAGUUUAGAGUUACAACAGAAUUGAGAUUGGGUAACAAAUACUGCAGACCUACAUGUAAAUGCAUGUAGGGGUACAUGUAAGAAGCAUGCCCUCAUUGGUUCAUGAAAGUAUGUCAUGCUUUCUGUAUUCAAUAAUUGUUUUUGAUAAAUCUUUUAUCAUUGUGUUUUUGUAUUUCUGUCUGAGGUGUCCACACUAAAUCACUGGGCCUUUUUUAUGCACCUUUACAGACAAACCACAGUUUCUUGCUGAUGUGGUGGUUUCUUCUGAUCGUGCCAUUGAGAGCCCCCUUCGGCCAUUUUCCCAAAGUGUUAUGUCAAGGAAUCACUUUUCCUCCCAGGUGAGCGGGAGUAAAUCCCUCAUUGUACUUCAAUGGUUGUAUGGCCUUUUUCUAACUCUUUGUGCUUUAUUCCUUGUACUUUUUAUUGUACUUCUUAAUAUCACAUACAUGUAUUGACUCUCCUUAUGAACAUUUUUUUUUCUGCAGUCAAGACUAAAGACAUUUUCAAGUUUCAACCCCCCACCCGAUCAAAGUAGUUUGAUUCAUGCAAUGAAGGUGCGACCAAUGCCUUUAAAUCCAAGGGCUCCUUCUGCAAGCACCUCUCAGUAAGUAAUGAGUGAUACACGUAUAUGUACAUAUUUGUCCAUAGCAAGGAAAUUCUGUGUGUAUACUGCAUGGUGAUUUAAGGAAGAGAUAGCUUACACGUCACAGGCAGUUUGAAUUUGGUGUUUUCAACAUGUUCAAUGUAGUAGCUUCUGUUGUAACUUACAGGAUCACUAUUUAAAGAAAAUUACUCUUUAAAGUGAAUCUCUAUUCCAUAUUUGCAGCGCCCUUGACAGCAGAGAAGGGACCCCCUUUAAUCCGGUUUGUCUGAUAUUCCGUCUUUACUUUUAAAUUCUUGUUGGCCAAAUGGUAAAACUGUGCUUGUUGAUUUUUUUUCUUGGAGGUAUGAAAGUAAAAUGUAUUUAUAUACAUAAAUGUGGUAUGUUUCUGGUAGCUAGUAUAAAAUCGAUGAUGAAAACGUAUGAUUUCCUGUCAUGCAAUCCUCUAACCUACAGUAUAUGUACAUAGUCAUUCAGGCAGCGUUUUAGUCGUGUGACAUUGCAAAUACACAUGAUAUUAAUUGUCGGGAAAUCAAUUAAAGGUUGCUUUUAUCAUUCAAAGGGCCGGCCAGGGUCCAGCAGCACAGUGAUUUCACGUUCUACACGGAUCAGUCAGCACAGUUCAGAUCCAUUCAUGCACAAGAUGAUGCCAUUUAAGAGAAAUAGGUUUGUCUGAUAAAAUCAUUGCAUGUUCGUCUAUACAGUCGUACUCCGGCUCAUUCAGCGGUAGCUGUACAAGGUCAAGUUUAAAAUGAAGGCAUUCUUCGCUAGGCGAUUCAUGUUGUCUUACCUCAAACAUGGGGCUCGAAAAGUCAGAGGUGUGGAAGUAGGAGGUUGAGAGGUGGAAUUAGAAUGCCUUCUCAUAGAAAAUAAACGAACAAAUCAAAAAUCAAGAAAGACAAAUUUUAGUUGAAUCAACAGAAACCUUCCAAAAAUCAACGGAUUAUAAAGUAGGGUUUCUUCUCUGUUCAAUUGCGUGAAGAUCACAUAAACGACUGAAUUGAAGUGGCAGAACUCAUGUGUUCCUAGUGUUCCUAAUUGUACUCAACAAAGACACAGUUAUAGGAAGAACUUUAGAAGAAAAUGUUCAUAGGUUUACUUCUUUUAUGACACAGUUUGGGAUUUAAAGACUUUUCAGCACGGAUUGUUGUUUCUCUUGUUUGCAAACUUUUCCAUAAGUAUAAAAUUGUUUUUCCUUUCAGGAACUUACCAAGUAUACUACGCUUGACCCAUCCGGACAGCAGUAAACCUAAAACACCCAGCGUCCAGGUACGUACCCACAAAUGCAUGUUAGACAAUACAUGUACGUGAAAUAAGUACCGCAAUGAUGCCUGAGAGCACCGCACAUGUAGUGUUCCGUCUUAAUAUUGAAUUGCGCGCCCCCCCCCCUCCCCUCUCCCCGUUCUUAAUGAACCUACCCCUAAUACCCUUCUCGAUAUCAAUCAAUGCAUUAGUUAAACUUGAAACAAAGAAUGAAUAAAUACUUGCAAAUGAACACAAAACAAACAAGGAAAUAAAUAAAUUCCAUUAAGUAAUUAAAAGAUCGAUGACAUUUGAUACACACAAAGUGUGUUUAUUAAAAAAAUAUAUAUUGAUUACGGUUAUUUUGAGAUAUGUUCUCUACACUAUAGAUUAUAUUUCUUUAAGGAGGGUUUUGAGCAAACGAUGUCUACUAUUUCUGACCCUUUCAUGUCAAAAAUUAACACUUGAACUUUAGCUCAGGUUAUCCUUGUCCAUUUUAUAUCCGUUAUUGAUGUUGUUUUGGCUUGUUAGAUGAUGUUAAUUUUCUAUUGAUGUAUUUGUUCCGUUUAGGAUGAUGUCAUGGGCGGUAUCGUGCAAGGAAGGAAAUUGUAAGUUUGUUUGUAUGCGAGGUUGUUUUUUUUUCUUAAGAAUUAUAACGUUUGAUCUCAUGAAUCGGCCCUAAGAAAGAGGCUCGAAUAUCGAACUCAUACUGUCCUUUUUUUCAGAUUUCCAGAGAAAGAAAGACUGUCAUCUCCGCCUCAAGCCACGAAUUCAAAUUCUCCUGCGCCUUACAUGUAAGUGGGCGGAUGAUUAGUUUGCAAGCUGUUGAUGAGACUUACACAUUUAAAUGAUAUUAACUGCGCCGAUGUACACCGUCUACGGUCAUGAGUCACAAGAAGAUAAAGCAAAAAAAUUAUUGUAAUUUCUCAUAAAAAAGGCCUUCAGGUAUAGAAUCAGAUACGUCCCACACCUUUGGCAUUUGGAGUGUUAUCGGUGAGAGGUGUAUUCGUAAGGGUGUUACAUUGUACUGAUGAUAAAGAACUAGUUUCUACUCAACGAGAACGCGUGACCACACACCAAUUGUCACGAAAUAUACGAAAAAGUUUAACUCAUUUUUUUUUCUUUAGGGGAAGAAACUUCGUUCUCCCUCCAAUAGAUGGUUUUAGUAGCAGAGAGACGCCUGUUCAACAUAACGGAGGAAGAAAUAGCGCGGUAAGUAAUUUAUUUCUAUGUUAUUUUAUCGCAUUUUCCAAGUGACUGUGACAUCAUGUAGGGAUUUCCUAAGUAGUGGAUCGUUUUCUUUCAGAAACAAGUUUCGUUCCGCCAGUCACGUGCAUCAAGUGCCGCAACAGAUGAUUCUAGGUAAUACAUCAGUGUCUGAGAGAAUAAUAGUUACAUGUAGUGGAUGCAGAGCUCGUCUGUUUUCCUCGUGAUAAUCUAUCUUUUUGUGACAGCUCUGCAUCAUUUUUUGCGUCUUGCUACUCUAGUCACAUUUCCCAAGGUGAACUAAUUUAUCUUUUAAAGGAGUAAUUUGUCCUUACAGUUCUUUUCCACUUUUCAAGGCAAUCUUUUAAAGACAGAGCAAGGAAUGUUACAGAGUCGUCAAGGCCAAAUACAUCAAUAGCAACACAUUCAUUGAGAGUAAGUUUGAUUGAGAUGUUAGCUUGAGGCUGUAAACAAUUCUCAAUUAAUAAUACAACCUGCAGUAGCCUUCCUCAAGGGAAAUUGUAAUCAGCAAUUAAUGUGGUUUCAGCCAGUGUAUAAGUUAGUAGUGGGACCGUCGUGUUCAUCUUUUCCUUUUCUUGCUACAGAAUGACACACCGCAUCGACGCUUAUCUACCCCCAGUGGGACUCAUUUAAUGCAAGGAAUGUACUCUCGAGGUCAAAUGAGACACGCACACAGUCCCCUGACGGGAAUCACUGGUGUGAGCAUGCCAAUAGGCACUCACCCUGCUACUGAAGCAAAUGCGUCGGCGCUUACGUCAUCUAGUAGUCACCAAUAUGAUGGGCGAGAAAUUUCCCCCGUCAGUGACGAGGAGUACGAAGGCUUUAAGAGUGAGUUCAUUGUUUUAUCUUUUAUAAGCUCCCGCAGGCGUAUUUUCCCUUUACUAUCACAUACAGUUUGUUGCUUUGGUUCCUUUUUCCUGCUUUUGGAUAGGGAAACCAUCAGAUUUAAUCAGUUCGUUGGAUUUUAAACCACUCUGUUACCAGGAGAUUGUGCUCCAAGACACUGGAAAUUGAUCAGAUUCUUCCUGAAAACCAUGUUAUGAGAAGUAUCAGCUUCUAACGAUAAAUAAUUUUAGAAAUUUUCUUCCUUAACCGAAAACUCGACUAAGGUGCUAAACAUAAGAAGCACCAAUUAAGAUUUUGCAGUUGGCAUUUCUAAUACACUCUUUUCUCGUUAUUUCAGGUCCUGGCCCUUCAAGUCAACAUUCUCAUAGACGGAGCAAAUUAGUGUCUUCCAUUAGGUAGUAUUUAAUCAAAUAUUUUACUUUCAGAGCGGUGCGGCGAUAAUUACCAUUAGUUAACUGUUAAAAUUUUUUUAAGAUGUAAAGAUCUUUGAUCGUAAUUUAUUUUGUACUGUAUCAGUUGUUACAUACCUGUACCAAUAUUUCUAAAUUUGUAAAUCAAUAGACAGAGGAGAAACGGCUACUGCAUAGAUUUUUAUGUCAGCACAUUCAUGGACUACAUUACAAGCCAAUUGAGAGGUUCUGCAUCCUUCAGUGUGCCACUUUGUCGGUUUUAAUGAGGAAACAUGUAUCAUAACCGGCAAACUUUCGUGAAAAUGCUCGUAAGGUUACGAAAAAAUCGCUGAAGCACUCGAUAGUACUUCAUUAGUUAACCUGUUUUCUUUUGGUGACCUAGGCUGGGACAGUCAGAUACGACAUCCCAAAGGUCAGCAACUAUACUUUUGGAGCUUAUGACCGGGUUACAAGGCUUGGAAUAUCCUUAACGCCAUAGUUCUUUUGUUGUUCUCUCUAAUGAUCAGACAUUUUAAAUGAGGGAUACUUACCAAACAAGGGUUUUUCCCCUAAAUAUUAUUCAAUCACCUUUAUUGCUUAUUUUAAAUCUGGGAGGCUGUUACAAACCUCACCAUAAAGCACCUAACAUCCCACGAUAUAUCUGAAACUCGCCUUAUUGAGAAUUAGCCAAAGCUUAAGUUUCCUCUAUUUACCUGCCUUGCUCAUACUGUAUAUAUCCUCGGGGCAUGCAGGGUGCUAAUAUUUAUAGAAGAAUGUAUUAAGUAUUUAAUGUUUUCAUUUCAUAAAAUACAAUUUGAGAUAAAGUUGACCCGAAGAUCAUCAGGCCGAAGAGAGCAGUAUCCAGACAGGUGUCGGCUCUAGUUACUGCUCAGACAUGUCCAAUGUUUCGGUGGUAUAUAUUUUUAUAUUUUUCAUGUAAAUUUAUAAAAGGCGACAAUGGAUUUAUAUAUUAUUAUCAGUUAAGAGCGUCGCUGUAAAUGGUCAAUGCCUCAUCGUUGACCUUUGAAUUUAAUGCAAUUUGUCGUAAGAAUAAUUAAUCGAAAGGGAUCAUAAUGUGUCUUCUUUUAUAUCGUGACCAAAGAAAUUUAGCGUCAAAAACUCGUUUGUAUAUUCUCCACGUUAUACUUCAGGAAGUCCGUAUGUUACUCUUUCGUUUUGUUUAAUCAGUUCACUAAAUAUUCAACUCUGGUUGGCGAAGUUCAUUUUAUAGUUGUAGGUGCUGAAAACGUGGAUGGAAUAAACUUUAAGUGGACGCCAACGUUUCAUUAGACGUCAAACGUAGUUGAAUGCAUGCUUCGCAGACUUUUUAAUUUCUCCAGAAACGAGAUUGUUCUGACCAUUGGGGCAUUUCACGAUAGACGAGAAGAAAGUUAUUGGUAACCCUGAUAUAUUAGCGGGUUUAGCGGAAAUAGAACCAUAAUAACUGUAGGGAAUAUCAAUAAUUGUUUAAAAAAAUUAAUUGAAGAUAGAUGAUUUUUAGUUCGAUGAAACCAUUUCCUCCAGUUAGUUCAUUGGGCAUGUUUUUUUUAUCAUAAAUGAACAUAUUAAUUUAUUUUAACUUAUAUUUGUGCUUUGUAGCCCAACGACUAUUGCU